UUCAGCCCCUCUCUCUCUCUCUCUCUCUCUCUCUCUCUCUUUAAAGUUUUUAUGAGAGAAUUUUGAGAGAUUAAUUUACCUGAUUUCUGAAAGAUAUAAAACCAUUCAAUUCGCAGGGUCAAUCAAGAAGAACAUGUCUAUUUAAAAAAUAAAAAAGAACAUCCUAAUCGGAUGUUGUAGCUCAAUCUCUGCGUUCUUGGAUGGCUUCCUCUUCGAAUUCUGAAUUCACAUAUAGUUACGACAUUUUCUUGAGCUUUAGAGGCUUAGACACCCGAAAAAAAUUCACCGAUCACCUCUACGAGGCUUUGAAGCGUGAGGGGUUUCAAACAUUCAGGGAUGAUGAUGAGAUCGAGAGGGGUGAGAACAUCAAAUCCGCGUUGCAGAAAGCAAUUUGGAACUCCAGGAUGUCCGUGAUCGUGUUAUCGAAAAACUAUGCCACUUCAACAUCGUGCCUGUUUGAAACCCACACGAUUAUCGAACACCGUAAGAAGAAGUCGGAUCAUUUUAUUUUGCCUGUGUUCUAUGAAGUGGAUCCAUGGGAAAUUAAGCAGCAAGCAAAAAAAUUGGAUUUCGGAGGAAAGACAGUGAGGGUUGAGGAAGUGAAGGGUUGGAGUGUGGCGCUUAACGAGGUUGCGAGUAUGGCUGGGAUGGUUUCCCAAAAUCAAUCUAACGGGUAUGAAGCCAAGUUCAUUGAGGAAAUUGUUGGUGAACUCAAAAGCAAGGAAGCUGGCAGGCACCGAAGGGUUGGGGACUAUCCAGAACUUGACGAAAACAUGCAAAAUCUCAAGAGAAAGGUAGACUACUUGAGCGGUCAAGAGGAUGACAUAAAUUCAGAAAUUAGCGAGAGCCGGCCACAGAAAAGACCAAAGAAAGAAGUUGAAGUUUGGCUCACAGAUGUGCAACGGUUUAAAGACGAAGUGCAAAGACUUGAGCAAGAAGUAGUCGGAGAAACAAAUGUCUUCUCGCGUAAGCGGUUGGGAAGCGAUAUUGUCAAGAAGAUUCAAGAGGCGUCAGAACUCCAGGAAAAGGGAAGAGAUUUUAAUGGUUUGAACAAGAAAUGGUGUGGUGGGUGGUUUCCUGAUUUGUUGACGCGUCCUGAUUUGUUGUCGCUUAGAAUUGAUGAGCUCCAAGUAGGGGGGAGAUUAUGCAAAUCAAAAAAAAAAAAGAAAAAAAAAGUAGGGGGGAGAUUUGAUAAUGUUGCAUUCCCAAUGAGACGGCCCAUAGACGUCGAAUCAACAAUGUCUACCGAAGGGUUUGUGGCCUUCGAAUCGAUGAGAAAGGCUAUGGAUGAGGCCAUGGAAGCACUAAAGGAUGACAGGGUCAAGAUUGUUGGGGUCUAUGGCAUGGGAGGCGUAGGCAAAACCACCAUGGUGAAACAAGUGGGUGUUAAAGCCCAGAAGGAGGGGCUAUUUGAUUAUGUGAUAAUGGCAGUGGUUUCCCAAAACGUAAACUUGAGAAGAAUUCAAGGCCAACUCGCUGAUAUGUUGGCCUUGGGAUUGCAUGAAGAGAGUGAAUUUGGAAGGGCAGGGAGAUUGAAAGAGAAGAUAAUGAGAACAAAGAAGAUCCUCAUAAUCUUGGAUGACAUUUGGACGAGGGUAGAACUAUCUGAAAUAGGAAUUCCUAGCGGCAGUGACCUUGAGGCUUGCAAAUCGAAAAUCCUACUCACUACAAGGACAGAGCAUGCCUGCUUCACAAUGGGAAGUCAAGCCAAAAUCCAUCUUGAUGUUGCCUCUGAGGAGGAUUCUUGGACCUUGUUUAGGAGUAAAGCCGGGGAGGUGGUUGAGUACCACGAUUUCCAUGAUGUCGCCAGGAGGGUUGCUAAACAAUGUGGCGGUCUCCCAAUUGCACUUGUUGUGGCAGCAAGGGCUCUAGGGGACAAAGAACUUUUUGAAUGGGAAGAAGCUGCACGGCAACUUGAAAUGUCUACAUUUAAAAACCUUGAUGAGGAUGAAAAGGUAUUUAAAUGUAUAAAGUUGAGCUAUGACUAUCUAAAAGGCAAUGAUGCAAAAUUAUGUUUUGUGAUUUGUUGCCUAUUUCCUGAAGACACAGAUAUUAGAAUAUUUGAGGACUUGGUGAAGUAUGGGAUUGGGCAUGGAUUGUUUCAAGAUGCCAACACAAUGAAUGCAGCAAAAGCGCGAGCGCUAUCGGUGACCAGGCACCUCCAAGCUUCCUGUUUGUUGUUGGAAAGUGAACAGGAAGAAUGCGUGAAAAUGCAUGAUGUUGUGCGCGAUAUGGGCAUAUUAAUUGCAUCAUCUGGUGGAGAGCAUGCUGUUAUGGUAAAAGCUGGUAUUGGAUUGAAGGAGUGGCCAAGGGAAGAAAAUUACAGAGGAUGCACUGCAAUCUCACUAAUGUACAAUGAAAUUACAAAGCUCCCUGAUCAGUUCGUAUGCUCUAGACUCCAGACGCUGUUGUUGCAAAAUAACAGUGAUGUACAAGAGAUCCCAGAUGCCUUUUUUGAGGAGGCCAAAUCAUUGAGAGUGUUGGAUUUCAGCAGUGCUGACAUUCAACUUCUACCCUCGUCGCUUGGACUCCUAACCAACCUUGGGACACUUUGUCUGAAUUGUUGCCAGUCAAUAACAGACAUAUCCAUUCUUGGCAAAUUGAAGAAGCUUGAGAUUCUUAGUCUGAGAGAAUCUUGUAUUGAGGAGUUGCCACAAGAAGUAGGAGAAUUGGGCAAUCUAAGAAUGUUGGAUCUCACUUUGAGCAACGAUAUCAAACAAAUUCCACCCAAUGUUAUAUCGAGAUUGUCAAAUUUGGAGGAACUAUAUAUGCAAGGUAGCUUCGCAGAGUGGGGCCAAGCUGUAGAAGGAACAGAGAAUGGUACUAAUGCUGGCUUAGAUGAGCUAACAUGCUUGCCUCGCCUCAACGUUUUGAAAGUUGACAUCUGUGGUGUCCAAUGCAUGCCCAACAAUGUUGCCCUUGAUCCAAACUGGAUAAAGUUCAAUAUAUGCAUCCACCGGGACAAGUUCACAAGGUCCUUCAAUGUCCAAUUGUCGAAACCCACAACAGUGCGCCCAAUGGCAUCAUUGGUCCUUGACACAACCAUCAACACCUUGCCUGAUUGGUUUAACAAAGUUGUGACGGAGAAAGUAGAGAAGAUACUCUACAUUGAGUGCGGAGGUUUGAAUAACAUCCUCACAGCAUAUGAUCGAGCAAGGUUAAGUGGCCUAAAGUCUAUCCUUAUCCAGCAAUGCUAUGGAGUCCAUCUCAUGGAUUCGGUGAAUUGGGUCCCAAGCAUGCCCGUGUUCGAGAACCUGGUGGAGUUGAGCAUCAACAAUAUGGAUUACUUGAACCAGAUAUGUGUUGGCCAACUACCGCAUGGGUCAUUGGCUAAGCUGAAAUUUUUCGAUGUGCAACAGUGUAAUGAGUUGGCAGAUGUACUGCUGCAAUCUAAUUUGUUGCAAAGGCUACAGAAUUUGGAAGUACUUAAUGUAAGUGCAAAUUCUUUGGAAGAGAUUUUCAGAACUGAACAGCUGGAGGAAGGACAAAUUGUUCUCCAAAAACUAAGAGAAAUGAAGCUGGACAAUCUACCUAAACUGGCAAGGAUAUGGAACGGCCCUUCUCGACUAGCUAUCUUUCACAACCUCAAAGUUUUAACCCUGAUCAAAUGCAAGAAAUUGGGAAGCCUAUUCACGCAGUCUGUGUCCCGAUGCCUCUUGCAACUAGAAGACCUCUGGAUAGCUGAUUGUGUUGCAUUGGAAGGGAUCAUUGGUAAAGAUGACCAGGGUGAAGCAACGUCCAUUCAAAGCCCGUCUUCUCAGUUCAAGAUGAAGGAGAACGGUGAAAAGCAUGAGGAAGAAGUUAUGGACAAGAUCAUUUUCCCACAACUGAAGAAUCUAUUGCUGCAAAAUCUUCCUUGCCUUAGAAGUUUCUACUCCGGAGAUGCUGCUAUUGAAUGCCCUUCCUUGGAGCAAGUGCAUGUGCAAGAUUGCCCGUAUUUUGGGACUUCCAUCUCUGAUUUCAAUCGCAACAAGACGAUCCAAUUCAACAACGAGCAGCAUUUUAUCCUCCUACAGAAAAGGAUCUGGGAGCUGAGACAAAUUUCCUAGAAGAACAACGAGCACAUUUUCACCUCCUACGGAUAAGGCUCUGGGAGCUAAGCAAAUUUCCUAGAAGAAAGUUGGCUCAUCAAGGAGGAAAGAAAAAGGAGAUCGAUAGCUUUAUGUGCUAGUUUCUUUCUUGGAGCUGCAUUCAACUGCCAGUCUUAUGGAUGCUGCAUGCUACUUGUUUGGCAGAGUUACAUUGUUUUUCACAAAUAAAGAGUGUUGUUUGUGUGCUUUGGGGAUACACAAGGCUAUGUUUUGUGGGUUUGCUUUCUUUUUCUUUUUCUUUCUCAUCCCUCUUUUCUAGUACUUCUACUGUGUGCGCGUGCGCGCGCACGUUUACUCUCUCCAUUCAGAUUCACAUGUUCCAGUGUUUGCCAACUUUUUUUGUUUCAAACUGCAUUCAUAAAUUAUUUAUCAAUUAAAAAUCUAAUAUUUAUG